AAUCCACCGACGCGCAGUGCAAGCUAAAUAGCGCGUUGUAUAAAAAAACUAAAUUUUGAGGAAAAUUCCCAAAGUGAGGAUUCAUUUCACACUCAGAUCUUCUUCCUUCACUUCCAUCAUCUCUCUCAAUCUCGACUAUAGUAAUGUACGUAUAGCUCUGCGUUUGGAUUCCGGUUGAUUCAAUAAUUCUACUCCCCUGAAGGUGACUAACCCUAUUCAAAUGGCUCGCCAUGGACAUCUACCUUCAGUAUUUCUCCUGAUCUUCUCGUUAUCCUUGAUCCAAAGCGCUCUCGUUCACUCUAAAACCCUCAAACGUGACGUGAAAGCUCUGAAUGAAAUUAAGGCAUCUCUUGGAUGGAGAGUGGUGUAUGCAUGGGUUGGAGAUGAUCCUUGUGGUGAUGGUGAUUUACCUCCAUGGUCUGGUGUUACAUGUUCAACGCAGGGUGAUUAUAGAGUAGUUACUGAAUUGGAAGUUUAUGCUGUUUCAAUUGUUGGCCCAUUUCCUACUGCUGUCACUAAUUUAUUAGAUCUUACUAGACUGGAUCUGCAUAAUAACAAGCUGACCGGCCCUCUUCCUUCUCAAAUUGGGCGUUUGAAGCGUCUUAAAAUAUUAAACGUAAGGUGGAAUAAGCUGCAAGAUGUCAUUCCACCUGAAAUAGGUGAACUAAAGCAGUUAACACAUCUCUACCUAAGUUUUAAUAAUUUCAAAGGCGAAAUACCUAAGGAGCUUGCUAAUCUUCCUGAACUUCGUUAUCUCCAUCUGCAUGAAAAUCAUUUUAUUGGACGAAUUCCACCUGAACUGGGUUCCUUACAGUAUCUUCGACACCUGGAUGUUGGUAACAAUCGUUUGGUUGGAACUAUAAGAGAACUCAUACGUAUUGAAGGAUGUUUUCCGGUUCUCCGCAACCUAUACUUAAACAAUAAUUAUCUUACUGGAGGCAUUCCAGCGCAACUUGCAAAUCUGACGAACUUGGAGAUCUUGUAUCUAUCCUACAACAAGAUGACAGGAGUUAUACCAUAUAGCAUUGCUCAUAUUCCUAAGUUAACUUACUUGUAUCUCGAUCAUAAUCAAUUUUCUGGGAGGAUUCCAGAUGCCUUCUACAAACACCCUUUCUUGAAGGAAAUGUACAUUGAAGAGAACACGUUCCGGCCUGGUGUAAAACCAAUUGGCCUGCACAAAGUGCUAGAACUUUCGGACGCAGAUUUCCUUGUUUAGAAAAAGCCAACUCCAGUUAUUUGUUCAUGAGCAAAGUGUACCUAGGUUGUCGAAAGAAGCAGCCGGUCCCUGUUCUGUCAAGUAUCUAUUCUUAGUUGCCAGAUGAGAAAAAAGGUUCCAUCUUUUUUGUGCAAAGAAGUAAUCAACCAAACUUAGUUGCGGUUGCUGUAGUUAAAUAGUACCACGUUAUGAAUCAU